AUGGCUGCUCACAAUCAUGGCCUGAAUCCAGUUGCAUACAGCAUGCACCUUCUCAAUCUAGUCGAGUACCCAUCAUUAUCCUAUAUGAACACACUGAAAAAUAAGUGUAAGGACAAGCAAUGCCCUGUCUCCUUCUCUUGGAAACGUAUAUGCCCAAUCACCACCACUCGAUCCUUAAUGGAGCUUCCUCCAAUGUUCGUAUGGGCAAUUUUGUCAUUUCUACUUGUCUCUUCCAUUCACGUUCCAUGCUUGUUCGGAUCUGCCGCUCACUUCUCCAACGAAACGGAUCGCGUUGCUUUGCUCAAGUUCAAACAUCUCAUAACCGACGAUCCUCUCCAUUCCUUGAGCUCCUGGAACGACACUCUCCACUUCUGCCACUGGCAAGGUGUCACGUGCGGUGGUCGCCGCCAUCCUCAAAGGGUCAUCGCCUUGCAGCUCACAGACCAGAACUUGGUGAGCCCUAUAUCUCCUUACAUAGCAAACCUCACCUUCCUCAGGAAAAUCGAUCUCUCAGAGAACGGCUUCCAUGGGACUAUUCCUGAAGAGAUGGGCCGUUUGUUCCGCUUGCAGUAUCUCAUGCUGACUAAUAACACAUUCACCGGAGAAAUUCCAGCAAAUCUGACCCUCUGUUCGAAACUCAAAGCCCUUGAUCUCUAUGGGAACCUGCUCGUAGGAAAAAUCCCAGUCGAGCUUGGCUCUCUAUCUUAUCUCACCAAAUUGGGCCUUGGUCUAAACAAUCUUACAGGAAGUAUCCCACCUUCACUUGGAAACCUUUCAUCUCUCACUUUCCUUUUUCUCUCGAUAAAUAAUCUGGAGGGCAGUAUCCCAGAUGACCUUUCUAAAUUGGCAAGCUUAGAAGGGUUUCUUAUUAGAGAAAAUGAACUGUCAGGUACGAUUCCUCCUUCACUAUACAAUCUGUCGUCUAUUAACGCUUUGGGUGUGGUAGAUAACAGAUUGCAUGGAAAUCUUCCACCUAACAUAGGCCUCACUCUUCCUAAUCUCCAAAACCUCUAUGCUGUAGAAAACCAAUUCACAGGACCCAUACCAGUUUCAUUAUCCAAUGCUUCAGGACUCACACUCAUUUCACUUAUCAAUAAUAGUUUUAGCGGAUCCGUCCCUAUGAAUUUUGGAAGCCUGAAGGGUCUCUCCAAGUUACUUUUGUACGGCAAUGAACUUGGAAUUGGGAAAGCACGUGACUUGAGUUUUCUUGAUUCUUUGACCAAUUGCACUAGCUUACAUUGGCUGGACUUGAGCAGAAAUCGUCUCAGCGGUGUGUUGCCUGACUCCAUAGCUAAUCUUUCCACCCAGUUGAGAAAACUAAUUUUAGGAGAUAACAGUAUAUUUGGAAGCAUCCCAUUUGGGAUUCAGAAUCUUGUAGGCUUACAGGCACUGUCGAUGGGGCGUAACUUUCUAACAGGUACUAUUCCCAUCGGUGUUGGGAAGCUUAACAAGUUGGAGGAACUUUACUUGGGUAGAAAUCAAUUAUCUGGGCAAAUUCCGUCUUCCUUGGGAAACAUCUCCAAAUUGUCGGUACUCAGUUUAGUUGGAAACAAUCUAAUGGGUAGAAUCCCUUCGAGCCUUGGAAACUGUGCAUACAUGCAAUUCAUGUACCUCGACAAUAAUUACUUUAACAGUAGCUUACCCAAACAAGUUUUCAGCAUUAUAUCUCUGAUUGAAGUCCAAGUUCAAAACAAUUUUUUAACUGAUAUGCCAUAUGAAGCCGGUGACUUGAAAGCUCUUGGAACAUUAGCUGUUUCUAAUAAUAAAUUGUCGGGAAAAAUUCCAAGCUGGCUAGGCAAUUGUCUCAGCCUAGAGUAUCUCUGGUUGGAUGGGAACUUCUUUCAAGGAUCAAUUCCUCCAGCAUUUAGUACUCUAAGAGGCCUUCAGAUUCUGGAUCUUUCACGCAACAACUUGUCUGGGGAGAUUCCAAAAUACCUGGAGAAGCUUGCUUUACAGAAUCUAAAUUUAUCCUUCAACGAUUUCGUGGGUGAAUUGCCGAAACAAGGGGUCUUUGGAAAUGCCAGUCGAGUUUCAGUGCUCGGAAAUAGUAAGCUUUGUGGGGGUAUUCAUGAAUUACAAUAUCCUCCAUGCUCUAGCCAAGCUUCCAAGAAAAGGGGGAUCUCUCUUGCUUCAAAAGUCAAAUUCUCAGUAAUUGGUGUUGUCCUGUGUCUUAUUUCAUUAUCAUGUUUCUUUACCAUUCUUUAUUGGGUAAGAAAGUCGAGAAAGAAGCCUUCUCCUUUGCCUUCUGCAGAGGAUCCUUUAGUGCAAGUGUCUUAUGCAGAGCUCUUUAAAGCAACAGAUGGGUUCUCUUCUGCCAAUUUGAUCGGGGCCGGCAGUUUUGGUGCUGUAUAUAAAGGGAUUCUAGAUCGUGUUGGGACUAUGGCAGCAGUGAAAGUCUUCAACCUUCAACAACAAGGAGCUCUGCGGAGCUUCAUGGCCGAAUGUGAUGCCUUGAGAAACAUUAGGCAUCGGAAUCUUAUUAAGAUUUUAACUUGUUGCUCGAGCAUUGAUUUUAAGGGCAAUGAUUUUAAAGCUCUAGUUUACGAGUACAUGCCUAAUGGAAGUCUAGAGAAGUGGUUGCACGGAGAUGGUCAUGACCAGCUGGGAAGGAAAUUGAAGUUUACUCAAAGGCUAAACAUAGCCAUAGAUGUGGCUUUUGCACUGGAUUAUCUACAUAAUGACUGCGAAACGUCAAUCAUUCAUCGAGAUUUAAAGCCGAGCAACAUUCUUCUUGAUGAUGACAUGACUGCUCAUGUGGGCGAUUUUGGGCUGGCUAGGUUCUUAUCUGAGGUUGCUCAAACUAGCUCAGUUGGAAUGAAGGGAUCUAUUGGAUACAUCGCUCCAGAGUAUGCGAUGGGCAGUAAAGCAUCUACACAAGGAGAUGUUUACAGCUAUGGAAUCCUUCUAUUGGAGAUGAUCACCGGAAAGGGGCCAACUGAUGAUAUGUUUAAGGACAAUCUAAGCCUUCAUCAUUUUGCUAAGUUGGCUUUGCCUGAACAAGUAAUGGAGAUUGUUGAUCCACAAUUGCUCAUGGAAGAAGCUGAAGUUAUUCAACACAAUGAAAAUCAUCUGGGUAGAAGAAAUAGAAUGCAUGAUUGCUUGCUUUCAAUGGUCAAAAUUGGUGUUUUGUGCUCUGCGGAAUCUCCAAGAGAACGAAUGUGGAUGAAAGAUGUUGUUGCAGAAAUGCAUGCAAUCAAGGACCUGUAUCUAGUGUCGGGAUUCACUGAGACAAACAAGUUAGGUUACAAAUAUUAG